CUCAAGAGAAGUUAUUAGAAAUAAAAUCUCUUAAGCAUAAAUUAGAAGUAAAAAAUGCAAAACUAUCUACUAAAAAUAUUUAUCUAGAUCUGGAAAAAAAAGAUUUAGAAAACACACUAGUAGAAAAAAAAAAUGAAUUGGCGCAGAUAAAAGAUAAUUUAAUCACAACUCAAAAAGCAUUAAUAGAGAAAGACACGCUUCUUCAAGAAGUGGUCCUAAAUAAAGCUCAUUUAACUGAACAGAUUCCAAAAAUAUUCAGCGAGUCUAAAGUGGCUGGAGAGGUCUUAGAAGAACCAG